CAGGUGGCAGGAGAAGGCGGGGCGCCAGCCAGCACUCUGCCAGCCUCACAGCUCAGACUCACUCCGCAAGAACAUCAUCUGGUCCUCGCUGCCACCUCGCCAUAACUUGGCUUCUGCCAUCACUUGACCCUCGUUGUCACCUUACAAACCCCAGGCUGGCCACUUCCGAAGCCCCCGACGCCAUGGAGGAGUGGGAUGUACCCCAGAUGAAGAAGGAGGUCGAGAGCCUCAAGUACCAGCUGGCCUUCAAGAGGGAGAUGUCCUCCAAGACCAUCCCCGAGCUCCUCAAAUGGAUCGAGGAUGGCAUCCCCAAAGACCCCUUCCUGAACCCAGACCUGAUGAAGAACAACCCCUGGGUGGAGAAGGGCAAGUGUGCCAUCCUGUGAGCCCAGGCCCAACUCUGCUUGUGAGAGGUGUGACUUUAUAAAAACUUCUCCAGUA